GACAACAACAAAAAAAAAAAAAUAAAACAUAUCUCAUGCCAAGCAAGAGACAAAUACACAAAGAUUAUCCACCAACACAGUUUGUAAUAAGUCAACGAAGUAUUCAUUUUAUAAAAAAAUUACAUCCAGUUGGUGUCGUGGAGCUCAACGACAGUACCAGAUAUUAAAGUUAAAAUUGAAAAAGCAAUAUGGCUUUGUCAAGAUUGGGAAUAAUAUUAUUGACAUUAACAGUGUCAUUGGUUAAUUGUGGUGAUAUGGGUGAACAAGCAUGUCCAAUUGAUUGUGAAUGUCAUUAUUUUCGUAUUAAUUGGAUAACUGAUUGUUCAGAAAGUAAUUUAACAAGUAUACCAUAUGAUGAAUUAAGUCCAAAUGUUUAUAUUCUUGAUAUGAAUAGUAAUAGAAUUGAACAUAUAGAUACAUUUCCAAAAGAUAUUAAAUUACGUGGUUUACAAAUGGCACAUAAUCGUAUCACAAAAUUAAAUUCAACAACAUUUAAAGAACUUCAGUAUCUUGUUGAAGCUGAUUUUUCAUCAAAUUUAAUAACUAAAAUUGACCCUGAUGCAUUUAAAGAGAGUCAUGGUCUUAUAACACUUGAAUUACAUAAUAAUCCAUUGGAUGAUGUUGAUGAGCCAUUUCUUGAUUGCAAAAGUUUAACAUAUUUGGAUUUAAGUAAUUGUGGUAUCAAAAAGCUACAUAAUAGUUUUUUUAAUAAUACAACAAAGUUAAAUAAACUUGAUUUAUCAGGAAAUCCAUUGAUCAAAAUUCAACCAGGACCAUUUGAUAAUUUAUUAAAUCUUGAAUAUUUAAAAUUAAAUAAUUGCAGUAUAAAUUAUAUUGAUUCACGAUCAUUUAAAAAUCUUGAAAGUUUACGUGAAUUAGAAUUAUCAAAUAAUAGUUUAUCAUCAAUAAAUUGGACAAGUGUACUUGAGCCAUUGAUACGUCUUGAAUAUUUAAAUAUUGCAAAUACAGAUAUUAGAAAAUUACCAGGUGAUGCAUUUGCACAAAAUCAUUAUUUACGUCAUCUUGAUUUAUCAAAUAAUAUAUUACAUCAUUUGGAUAUUGAAUAUACACUUGGACAUAAUUUACAUAAUUUACAAAUACUUGAUUUAUCAUAUUGUGCAUUACAAGAUCGUUUAUCAGAAGAAACAUUUGGUAAUUCAUCAAAGUUACAAAAAUUAAAUCUCAGUGGUAAUUCAAUGUUUGCUGCUGAUGAAUUAGCUGCUGUACUAAAACACAUGCCAAAAUUAACUGAAUUAUCAUUAUCAAAUUGUAGUUUAAAAAAACUACCAGAUGCAUUUAAUUAUUUACAUGAAUUACGUACACUUGAUAUAUCAUAUAAUGCAAUGUCUGAUGCAUUUGUUAGAUUAUUAACACCACUUAAAUCACUUGAGUAUCUUGAUAUGUCAUAUUGUAAUCUUGGAUAUGUUGGUAAAGAUACAUUUUCAUAUAUGACUGAACUUAAAGAAUUAAUAUUAUCUGGUAAUGAGCUUGAUACACUUGAACGUGAUUUAUUUGCAAAUUUAACAAAAUUAAAACGUCUUGAAUUGAAAAAUUGUCAUUUUCGUACACCACUUGAUACAAAUGUAUUUGGUGAAGGACAAUUAUCAAAUUUAAUUGAGCUAAGUUUAAGUGGUAAUCCAUUGGCAAUACCUAAAACUGGAUCAUUAUUAUCAGAACAAUUAUCAAGUGUUGAAAAGCUUGAUUUAAGUAAUUGUAGUAUUACAAAAUUAAAUGAUAAUAUAUUUUUAUAUAAUGAUAAUAUAACUGAGCUUAAUUUAUCGGGUAAUAAAUUAACUGGUGAUUUGGGAUUUUUAAAAAAUUUAACACGUUUAACUAAUUUAAAUUUAAGUCAUAAUAAUUUAACAACAGUUAAACCAGAUAUAUUUAAUAAUAAUAAACAAUUAUUAAAAUUAAAUUUAAUUGGUAAUCCAUUUGUUUGUAAUUGUUCAAUUGUUGAAAUAUGGAAUUGGGCAACUGAUAAAAUAAAAGGUAAAGAUCUUUAUGAUUUUUUAAUUGGUAGUCAACCAACUGAAUUUGGUACUGGUGUUGGUAAACUUGGUGCUGUUAAAGGAAAAAAAAUAUUAAGUUGUGUUUAUGAUAAUGAAACAUAUAAAAAAAUAACAGCUAAUAAAAUGCAAGAAAGAAAUGGUAAAAGUAUAUCAAGAAAAGGUGAUUUUACACAAUAUAGAACAUGGGCUAAAUAUAUUCGUGAAUCAAAUUGUAAUAGUACAUCAUGAUAUAAAGCUAAGCUUGAUCCAGUGCUCGAUGAAAUUGAAGACUUAAUCUUAAGCGAACCGCGGAUUGAGCUAUAAUACUGAUGACAAUUUGCUUUUUUUUUAUUUUUAUUAGUUUUAAGUUUACUUUAUACUCAUACAUAGACAGAAAAAAAAAGUUAAUUUCUCUUUCCUAGUCUUGUCGAGAUUCAAUGACGAGUCUUGCCCAUCAUUUUGGUUUUUUUUUUUAUUAUUUUUUGUUUAAUACUGCCCUUUAAA